AAAUCACACAAGAAGAAGAAGGAGACGCAUUGUGGAAUAGGAAUUCACAAAUAUGGCGUCCCGUGGGCUCGCGUACUGCAUGCGCUCCUUCGCCCGCUCCACUGCAAGGUUAAAUCAUGGCAAAGCGUUCACAAGAUCCGCCUGCGCACCUCUCGUGUCAACGCAACGAGCGCUCGGUGUCACUGCGUGCAGCCAGCGGACGAGGUGGACCGAACUAGUGCGGAUUUCAGGUCCCUCUGUUCAUCUGUGUCGGCAUUACGGGGAUCUUCCUCCCCUCACUUUAGGGAACAUUGAAGAGCGUGUCAUGUACGUCCUUAAACUGUAUGACAAGAUCAGUCCAGAGAAGCUGCAAACAUCGUCUCACUUCAUGAAAGAUCUGGGGCUGGACAGCUUGGACCAGGUGGAGAUUAUAAUGGCUAUGGAAGAUGAGUUUGGAUUUGAGAUACCAGACGCAGAGGCCGAGAAGCUUAUGACUCCUGCGGAGAUCGUACAGUACAUCGCCGAUAAAAAAGAUGUGUAUGAAUAGAAGCAAGUCAUAUGAUUUUUUUUUUUUUUUUUUCAGGUACAGAUUGACUCUGUAUUAAUAUGAAUGUUUGGCUGCAUCCACACAGUGUCCAGUUUCUGUCAAAUCAUUUUCUUCUGUCUCUUGCUUGUGGAGUCAGCUACCUUGUCAUGUACUGUUGUAUUUAAUAAAAAUGGAACCAUAAACUCAUUGUAACUUGAGCUUCAAAUAAAGCCAAGACUAAAUUGUAA